AAGAAGAAGAAAAAAAAAGUAAAUAGAUUUACAGAAUAUCUAUUAUAUUUAAAAACAUUGGGUUUAAAAAGAAAUCAAAAAAAAAAGAAAAAAAAAGAAAAAAUUAUUCUUAAUAUUGGUUAUAUAGAAAAAAUUGAAAUUAUAUGGAAUAAUGGCCCCUUCUUUUUUUACAACGGUGUUACAAUAAAUGUAGAAAAUAUUUUUUUAAAUUUUAAAUAUGUAGAGAAUUAUGAAUCCGAAGAAAAAAUAAAUACACACGAAAAAAUAAAACAAUUUGAUGAUGAUGAUAAUAAUAUUAAAAGGAAUGAACAUAAUGAGGAGGAGCAUCAAUUAUUUUGUAAUAAUAAUAGCAACCCUUCUGAUCAUAUACAAACUGGAGAUGUAAUAUAUCAAGAUGAUAGUAGAACAAAUACAUCUGAUCAUAUACAAACUGGAGAUGUAAUAUAUCAAGAUGAUAAUAGAACAAAUUCAUGUGACCAUAUCGAAUCAUAUGAUAAUAUAAACACACUUGUGAAUAACACAGAUAUGAUAAAUAAAAAUAUAAUUUUAAUGUUUUUCCUAUCUAUUAUAUUUUUUCUUAAUUUAAUAAAGAAUAAGAUUGUUGAUAAUUUUUUUUUUUUUGUAAAUUUUAUUUUAGAAUUAUUUGUAGAAGAUAACAUGUCAUCAAAGAUAAAGAAUAUAUUUAUUUCAUUUCUUAUGAAACGUUUUCUUUGUUUAGAUAUAAAAAAUAUAAAUAUAAUUUUUGAAGAUAAUAUAAUAAAUAAUGAAGAGAAAUUAUUUAUGUCAUUUUGUAUUAAAAAAAUACAUGUAGAUAAUAUAAAUUAUAUAAAAUAUUUAAUUAAAGAACAAAGAAACCAAAAGUUGGAUUCUAUCAAUGUGAUGUAUUUAUUAAACAAUAGAAAAAAAAAAAAAGAAAAACAAAAAAAAAUCGAAUUAUUAAAUAUAAGGUUUGAUGAUAUAAGUAUUUAUCAUGAUUAUAGACAUGAGCAGAUAAGUUCAACGGAUAUACAUUUAGAUAAAACAAAAUAUAAAUUUUUAUUUUUUUAUAAUAUGAAUUUUUUUCACAAUGAUAAUAAUUGUAUAUUAGAAAAAACAAGUAUUAUUAUAAUUAUAUAUAAAGAUAGAGGAGCAGCUCAUAUGAAUCACAUGAAAGAAGAGAAAAGGUUAUCACAUAACGAGAUAAAUAAUAAUAAUAUAUAUGAUAAUAAUAAUAAUAAUAUAUAUCAUAAUAAUAAUAACAAUAUAUAUGAUAAUUAUUGUGCAUAUAAAAAUAAAAAGGAAGAAAGCUAUUUUUUUGAUUUUCAUAUUCCAAAGAUUUAUGUCAAUAUGUCAAAUGAACACUUUUUUAAGUUAUAUAUGUUUAUAAAUAAAUAUUUAUAUUUUUUUAAUAUAAACAAGAAAAUUAAGGAGCAUAAAAAGAAAGAAGCAGAAGAAGAAGAAAAAGAAAAAAAAAAAAUUAAAAAUAAUAAUUUAACAUAUAAAAAAAAUAAUGUCGAUGAAAAGAAUGGUAUACCUUUAUUAUAUUCAAAAAAAAGGAGAAAGCAUAUAUUUCUUGUUGAUAAAAAUAGAUUUAUAGAAUGUAAUUUAAACAUAAACGAAAUAAAAAUAAAUUAUUUGUAUGGAGAAGGAGAAUGUGUUAUAUUUUUUUAUAAAAACAUCACAACUGUGUGUUCAAUAAAGGGUCAGACAUAUAAAUAUAUAAAAAGAAAAAAUAUAAAUGGAAGAUAUAAUAAAAAAUAUAGAAAUUAUCAUAACAAUAUUAAGUGUAAUGGUAGCAAUAAUAAGUGUAGUGGUAGCAAUAUUAAGUGUAGUGGUAGCAAUAAUAAGUGUAAUGGUAACACUUUUUUUUAUAAUUUAAAAAGUUUUAUAUUUCUUAUUGAGGAAGUAUCUAUAAAAGAAACACAUUCAGAAUUAUCUUUAUGUGUUGAUAAGAAGGAGGAUCCUUUUUUUUAUUUUUUAAGAAGACAAAGAAAAUAUAAAAAAAUAGAAUACAAUGAAAAUAUAAGUAAGGAUAUAUUAUUAUCAUAUAUGCAUAAUAUGAAAGAUAAUCAAAAAAACAUAAAAAGUCUUCAAACAAAAAAUACAACAAUAACAAGAAGAACAACAUGUAAUGAUAUUAAUAAUAAUAAAAAUAAAUAUAGUUUGUGUUUUUAUUAUGUCAAAAAAUUAAAUAAAAAAAAUAAUUCUCAUAAUAAUAUUAAUGUAUAUAUUGAAAAUAUAAAUUUACAAAUAUGUAAUAUAAAUAAUCUAUAUUAUGUUGUUGAUAGAUUAUUUGAAAGAAAAUUAUAUUAUAUAUUUAAUAAUAUAUUUCAAUUGGACAAAAAAAAAAAAAAAAAAGAAGCAAAUUUAUCAUCAAAUGUUAAUAAUAUAUAUGAUGAUGAUUAUUAUUAUGAACAUAAAAGAAAUUAUUUUAAUGAAUGUAUUAAUAAAGAGAAGGAUGAUAGAUAUAAUGAUAAUGCAAUGAAAAAUAUACAUGUAAAUAAAAAAAUACACAUAAAUAAAAAAAUACACAUAAAUAAAAAAACACAUAUAAGUAACAAAAUACACAUAAAUAAAAAAACACAUAUAAGUAACAAAAUACUUGUAAAUAUAUUAAUAAAACGUAUACAUAUUGAACUUAAGAAGUAUCAUAUAACUUCUUUACACAUCAUUUUUGAUGAUAUAUAUUUUUCUUACCAAAAUUUUGAUAAUCAUAAUAAUAGAGAUAAUAAUAAGUUAAUACAUAUUAAAAAUAAUUAUAAUAUAUAUAAUUGUCUUACAUCUUAUAAGAAAUAUAUAAAAGAUAAAAAUUAUAAAAGAAAGAAUAUUAAUAUCUUUUUCAAUGCGACAAAUAUAUAUAUGUUAUUAAAACAUAAUAGAAGUGUAUAUCUUGUUAUAUGUCCAUUUUCUUUUUUCUUUUCUGUUUAUAAAAUAAAAAAAGAGUAUGAAAUAAAAUUAAAUGUUAUAUCUUUAAUAUUAGAAAUAAAUAUGUAUAUAUUAAAUAUUUUAAAAUAUUUAUUUAAAAAUGAAAUAGAAAAAAAA